UAUAUUAACUUUUGCUCCCGUCAACAGCAGCUUACUCUAUACAACAAGAUGACUGUCUCUGAAACUCCUGCUUCUUCUGGAUACGAAAUCACUGGAUUCAAGACCACUGAAAAGCUUUUUGAAUUCAAAAAGUUCGUACACCAUGAAAAGCCAUUGACCGAACACCAAGUCUAUGUCAAGAUCAAGGCUUGUGGUGUCUGCCACACCGACAUGGAUUAUGCUCCUGUCCCCAAUACUGUCUUGGGUCAUGAAGCCGUCGGCGAAAUCGUUCAUGUUGGAUCUAGCGUCAAGAGCGUCAAGCCCGGAGAUCUGGUUGGUUUUGCCUACUUGAAGAAUUCCUGCAACGACUGCUUGUUGUGCCAUUCGGGUGACGAUAUCAUGUGCCGCAAGCGUGUCAUGUUCCCCGAAGGUUUGAACAAUGGUUAUGCCUAUAGUGCUGUAUGCGAUGGUCGUUACGUUUACAAGAUUCCCGAUGGUAUUGAAGCCAAGCAUGCUGGUCCUUUGAUGUGUGCCGGUGCCACCGUUUUCUCGGCAAUGUAUAACAUCAACUUGAGCCCUACUGCUCGUAUUGCUAUUGUCGGUAUCGGAGGCCUUGGUCAUCUUGGUUUGCAAUUCGCUCGCGCUUGGGGUUGUCAUGUCGUCGCAAUCUCUACUUCCAGGGAUAAAGAAGAAGAAGCUCUCAAGUUUGGUGCACAUGAAUACUGGUGCUCCAAGGACUUUACUCCCGAAUUUAUCGAAAAGGCUGAAAAGUUCGAUAUGAUCUUGAACACUGUCGCUGUCAAUUUGGAUUAUCAAACCUAUCUGGACUUGUUGGCUCCUAACGGUGAUCUUAGAAUGGUGGGCAUUCCUCAGGGUGAGAUCAAGUUUGGACCUAUCCUUCCUUUCUUGCUGGAUCAAAAGAAGUUUACGGGUGCCAUCUUGGGUGGUAGAAAACUGAACACUCUGAUGCUUCGCUUUGCCGCCCGCCACAAGAUCCGUCCGCAGAUUGAAGAGUUCCCCAUGACCGAAGAAGGUAUCCAAACCGCCAUCCACCACCUUCGUGAUGGCAAACCGCGAUACCGUGGUGUUCUCAUUACUCCUGAAGAGGACAAGCAGUGUGACGAUGCUCAGCGCUGACUCUCUUAUCCCACACUCUCGACACUCUCCCUCUCCGUCUUCCUCUUUCUUUCUCUCCUACUCUCUUUUGUUUAAAGCCCAAUUAUACGAUCCAUUAACAUCAUCUUUCUAUUACAUUCUUCAAUUCUUCUGCUCCCGCAUUUUUGACAAUCAGCAUACAUCCAAAAUAAAUAAAACACCGGAUGGUAUUUGGAGUGGCGCAAUUAAAUUAUAUCGUUUUGACAUCCACACGGUUACCUUUUCU